AUGGCGCGCAAAAACCCAGAGCAGUCACACCUAUCGAGCGUUUCACCUCAGGUAUCUACACAAACACCUAACAACAACCCUAUGGAUUACGGAGCCGUGUCGCGACGUCCGAAUCAUGUGACUAAGAAAUUUGUCUUGUGCUUUGACGGUACGGGUAACAAAUUCUCGGGCACAGAUUCAGAUAGCAACAUCCUUAAGAUUUAUCGCAUGCUCGACCGCAAUGGGGAUGAUCAGUUUCAUUAUUACCAGCCUGGAAUCGGCACCUAUGUCACGAAAGCCAAUGGAUCCAUGACUCGAACAGGUCGAUGGGAGAAGUUCCAGUCAUGGUAUGCGAAGGCGAAGGACAGUGCAAUAGGGACAUCAUUUGAUCAGCACGUUAUGGCAGGAUAUAAAUUCCUGAUGCGAUACUAUACACCUGGUGACGACAUCUUCUUCUUCGGAUUUUCGCGUGGUGCAUACACCGCUCGUUUCCUUGCGGAGAUGCUUGAUCACGUCGGCCUCCUCUCUGCUGGAAAUGAAGAGAUGUGCCAAUUCGCAUGGAAGACAUUCCAGAAGUGGCAAUGUCGAUUGCCGGAGGAGAAAGGGAGCAAUGGGCGCAAACCUGGCGAGAAGUCGGAGAAGUCAAAACUCUUGGAAUUCAUGUGCGCAUUCAGGGAGACUUUCAGCCGCCCAGUCAAACCCAUACGCUUCCUUGGUCUUUUUGAUACAGUCAAUAGCGUACCUGCCUUCGAGAACGCAUGGAUGCAACGCAGCAGGUUUCCCUACACCGCAAGGAGCAGCGCGAACGUUAUACGACAUGCGGUUUCAAUUGACGAACGACGCGCAAAAUUCAGACAAGAUCUCAUCUCCCAGGAGAAGCCAGACAGAUCGAUGUUAUACAAGCACCGCCACCACAGAUAUCGGCAGCACAUGAAGGAUCUGAUGCACAGUGGUCAUGAGGAUCAUGAUUUCGACGAGAAGGACCAUGAGGAACAGGAGGAUAGAGGUCGGCGGGAUACAUUGGCACCGCCUGAACGAUUCAGGGAUCCACAUGAGACGUCAGGCGUGCGCAGCCGGAGCGCGGACCGCUCACAGCUCGAUGGUGCUCACGGCUCCGCUACUCCUUCGAUGCGAUCGUUUGACGCCGCGGGAACUUUUAACACCCAAGACGAAGAUGCGGAACAAGACAUCCAGGAAGUUUGGUUUCCCGGAUGCCAUGCGGAUAUCGGUGGAGGCUGGCCCCUCGGCGACGAUGAUGCAGCUUUGAGUCAUGUAGCACUCGUAUGGAUGGUGCGCGAAGCUCAAAAAGCUGGUCUCGAAUUCGACGAAGACAAACUAGAGGCUCUGAGCUGCUGCCACGAGGAGCCCACCACCGCUGUUACGCAAGCACGGAACAACAUACCGAUGAUUUCAAUCGAUCCUGCAUCACCCUCGCCUGUCAUCCCCCGCCUAAACUCGGACGCGCCAUCCGUCGACACAGCUGGCUACACCGACGAUGACAAUAUUCUUCACCACCACCGCGAACACCCUAACACGCACUUCCAUAACCAUCUCCACAGCGCCGCAACCAGAGGCCGCAUUCAUGACGUUCUACAGUUCAACAACGGCGCCAAUCGAAUGGGCGUCGUUUCGUGGAAUAUAAUGGAAUAUCUACCCUUUAGACGUAUGGAUUUACAAGAAGACGGGACGUGGAAAGCGAUCAGGUGGCCUUUGCCUAAGGGCGAGACCCGUGAUAUACCCGCCAACGCGAUCAUUCACAGCAGCGUAAUUAAGCGUAUGCGCGCAGAUCCAACAUACCGUCCUGGCAAUUUGAUAGUAGGCGGCGGUGGAAGAGGUGUCAGACGCGCACCCAAGGACAUGGGUAUGGGCCAGUGGGUCGUUGCUUGCGAUGAAGGUCAUCCUGUAGGCGAGUGCUUCAUGCGCAGAAACCCACCCGAGAGGACGAAGACGGAGGAGAUGGAGGCGCAAGCGGCUUUAGGUGGCAAGCAAGGAAAUCGCUUUGCUGGACGCAAGAGGUCGACUGUCAAAUAG